AUGGAGGUGAAGAAGGGAUCGUCGUCAUCUUCGGCGGGGCCGAUUGUGGAGCCAACGGCACAUGGCAGAUUACCAUUUCAUAUGGGAGGUGCUUUGCAAAGAAUUGAAGAACCAGAGAUGAGAUUCAACUUCAUCCAUCAUCACCUUUUGGAGAGAGCGAACAUUCCCAUUCUUAGUGCAUCCAUCUUUCCACCAACGGUCACAGACUUUACUCGCAACAUCAGAUUUAUUGGAAGUCGUACUCCUGGAGUCGAGCACUUCCAGAAUGUGUUCUAUGCAGAAGAGCCAACCGGUCGACGACGAUUUGCAACCCCAGUCCCAGUAAGCCCGCCCAAAGGAUCCAUCAUUGAUGCUAGCAAGCCCGGUGCCUGGUGUCCUCAAGGCGUGGGAGACAUACUGCCCUUCACCAGCCAAGUGAACAAUAUAAGUGAGAACUGUCUGAGCCUGCGAAUUGCUCGACCUUCAGGGGUGCAGAGGGAUGCGAAGCUACCAGUUGCGGUCUGGAUACAUGGAGGAGGCCAUGCACUGGGUUCAGCCUCCGAUAUAUUGUACACGCCGGACGGCUUGGUGAGGGCGGCUGCUGCGGCAGGGAAACCAUUAAUCUAUGUUGGUAUCAACUAUCGACUAGGAAUAUUUGGCUUCGCCACGAGCAAGGCAAUGAUUGAGACCAAGCAGACAAAUGCAGGAUUGCGCGAUCAGCGAGCUGCUUUGCAGUGGGUCCAGGAUAACAUUGAAGUAUUCGGGGGUGACCCAGAUAGAGUGACUGCCAUCGGCCAGAGCGUGGGAGCCAGCGACAUCGGCCUGCAUCUGACAUCAUUCAACGGCUCCCGAAACGUCCCUUUCCAGCAAGCAAUGAUGAUGUCCGGUACACCCGGUGUCAACUUCAACAGCGACCCGGUCUUCGUUGCGAACAACACUGUCGCCAUAGCCAGGCAAGUAGGGUGCGCCGAAAACGAUGAUGGCCAAUCCAUGGAGACCUUGGAAUGCCUGCGGGCGGUCCCAGCUGACUUAUUGAUCAAUGUAACUGUCAAUGAGGCCCGAAAAGCCCGUCCCCCAUUCGGUGAAGGAUACUUCUACCCGACUAUCGACAAUGACUAUCUUAACGGCAGGCCGUCUCAACUGAUGCGUACCGGUAAAUUCGUCAAGAAUAUUCCCACAGUAGCAUCGUGGGUGACCAAUGAUGGGGCUUGGUAUGCAUUUCCGCAGACAUCCACAGACGAAGACAAACUCUUGCAAUUGUACCCAGUGGAAGAUUUCAACCACAUGGUCCGCCAGGACUAUGAUGGCGGAAUCUCGCCGCAAUAUUACCGUGCGGCGCAGAUGAGUCGAGAUAUCUGGUUUACCUGCCCCGUAUUGGAUUUUUCAUGGCAGUAUGCCCAGACUGGAGGCUUGAACGCAUCGCGGAUCUGGUUGUACGAGCACAAUGCCACAAGAUUCACACCUGUCUUUGAAGCGAUGGGAGUACCUAUGUGGAGAGUGGCACAUCUCAGUGACAUCCCAUAUGUGUUCAAUAACCUACACUUAGAAGGGGGUGCAGAUAACUCGUUGGAUCAAUUGGCGCUCAGUGAGACGGCUAGUAAGGCGAUUGUCGGGUUUGUGCAUGAAGGUCGCCCCGGAGGAGAGGGUGCUGGUAUGCAGAAAUGGUCAUCUGCAUAUCCUACUAUGCGCGAUGGGCAGCGAUCAAGCGAGAGUGCUAGUAGGCUGUCGAUUCAGGUCAUCGGGGGUCCUCUGGGGUUGUCGGAGGUGGCAAUAGAUAGAGACGGGGACGUCGGUGUGAUGACAGCAGCACAGCAAGCAUUAGCGUGGGAAAAGUUGUUUGAUCGGUGUGAUUUUAUCAACAGUCCUCAGAUGAGAGAUGAAGCUGGAGUUUGAGACUAGUAUGUAAUUGCUGUUUGGUUCCAUUGAAUCGAGUGAUUGACGCCGUUGUGUGCGAUGGGACCACGAAAGUAAGUUAAAUGUCCAGACAUAGUGGUAGCAAGUCUGCCUUUAAUAUCG